AUGUCGCGCCCUGAGGAUACCCUCGCGGCCGACAUCCACUACAAUGACACCGAAGCCCGCAAGUACACGACGAGCUCCCGUAUCCAAAACAUUCAGGCGUCCAUGACCCGCCGCGCCCUUGAGCUUCUCGACCUCAAACACCCCUCCCUGAUCCUCGACGUCGGCUGCGGCAGCGGCCUGUCCGGCGAGAUCCUCUCCGCCGAGGGCCCGGAAGACGGCGGGCCGCACACCUGGGUUGGCAUGGAUGUCUCGCCCUCGAUGCUCGACAUCGCCCUCCAGCGUGACGUCGAGGGUGACCUGCUCCUCGCCGACAUCGGUCAGGGCGUGCCCUUCCGCGCCGGCUCCUUCGACGCCGCCAUCAGCAUCUCGGCCAUCCAGUGGCUCUGCAACGCCGAGAGCAGCGACACUUCCCCCGAGGGCCGCCUCACACGGUUCUUCAACGGACUCUACGCCUCAUUACGCAGAGGCGGCCGCGCCGUCUGCCAGUUCUACCCGAAGAACGACACCCAGCGCAACAUGAUCACCCAGGCCGCCGUCAAGGCCGGCUUCGGCGCCGGUCUCCUCGAGGACGACCCGGAAACCAAGAACGUCAAGCUCUACCUCGUCCUGACCGUCGGCGGCACCGCCGAGGGCGGCCGCGGCGGCGACAUCACCAACGUCGUCGACGGCAUGGACAAUGUCGACGUCGAGGAUGCGCGGAGGAAGGCCAACGCACAGCAGAGCGGCAAGGGCGACAUCAAGAAGGGUAGCAAGGCGUGGAUCGUCAAGAAGAAGGAGCAGAUGGAGAGGAAGGGCAAGGUCGUCAAAUCCACGUCCAAGUACACCGGACGGAAACGCAGGGUUGCCUUCUGA